CGCGAUCUGAGCGGCGCGUGAUGGCCCUGUCGGCCGGCGGGACGGUGGAGCCGGGGCCCCCAGGGGCAGCCGCUGCCGGGGCUCGUGCCCCGGCCCGGGCUCCCGCCCCGGGACCCUUGUUCCGGCUCAUAAGCGCCGAGGACGAGGAGCAGCAGCCCACCGAGAUCGAGUCUCUGUGCAUGAACUGCUACCGCAACGGCAUGACGCGCCUCCUGCUCACCAAGAUCCCAUUCUUCAGAGAAAUAAUCGUGAGCUCCUUUUCCUGCGAGCACUGUGGCUGGAGCAACACUGAGAUCCAGUCGGCAGGAAGGAUCCAGGACCAGGGAGUGCGCUACUCUUUGACCGUCAAGACCCAGGAGGACAUGAACAGAGAAGUAGUGAAGACUGACUCUGCUACCACAAGGAUUCCAGAGCUGGAUUUUGAAAUUCCUGCGUUCAGCCAGAAGGGAGCUCUGACCACUAUUGAAGGAUUGAUCAGCCGUGCUAUCUCUGGCCUGGAGCAGGAUCAACCUACUCGAAGGGCAAAAGAAGAAGUCGUAGCUGAAAGGAUUGAUGCGUUCAUCGUCAAAUUGAAAGAGCUAAAGCACGUGACCUCUCCUUUCACUUUGAUCAUCGAUGAUCCCUCAGGGAACAGCUUUGUGGAAAACCCACAUGCUCCCCGGAAAGACGAUGCCCUGGUAAUCACACACUAUAACAGGACCCUACAGCAAGAACAGAUGCUGGGGCUCCAGGCAGAGGUGCCUGAAGAGAAGCCGGAAGAGGAAGAUCUCAGAAAUGAAGUGCUGCAGUUCAACACAAACUGCCCAGAAUGCAAUGCCCCGGCUCAGACCAACAUGAAGCUAGUUCAAAUCCCCCACUUUAAGGAGGUUAUCAUCAUGGCUACUAACUGUGAGAAGUGCGGCCAUCGAACCAAUGAGGUGAAAUCAGGAGGAGCAAUAGAGCCCCUGGGCAUCAGGAUCACCUUCCAUAUCACAGAUGCCUCAGAUAUGACCAGAGACCUCCUCAAGUCUGAGACAUGUAGUGUGGAAAUCCCAGAGCUGGAAUUUGAACUGGGAAUGGCUGUCCUGGGGGGCAAGUUCACCACACUGGAGGGGCUGUUGAAAGACAUCCGGGAACUGGUGACCAAGAACCCUUUCACCCUGGGAGACAGUUCCAGUCCGGGGCAGACGGAGAAACUGCAGGAGUUUAGCCAGAAGCUGGACCAGAUCCUUGCAGGGAACAUGAAGGCCCAUUUUAUUAUGGAUGAUCCAGCAGGAAAUAGCUACUUACAGAACAUCUAUGCACCUGAAGAUGAUCCCGAGAUGAAGAUGGAGCAUUAUGAGCGCACGUUUGACCAGAAUGAGGACCUCGGGCUCAAUGACAUGAAGACGGAGGGCUAUGAGACAGGCCUAGCCCCACAGCGGUAGCGGCGCGAGGUUUCCGGGCCAGCCUCCAGCACCGCUCAGACGCCAGGAUUAUCUGUUACUACUGAAAAAGGCUGGGCAAGUCCUCCCUACUAGGUAUUGCCCGUGUGGGGAAGUUGCCUGGUCUGAGUCUGAGAUUUGGGGACAUGAUGCAAGUGCAGUGCUGUCAUGUUACUUGACCUUAUUUUGGAGGUUUGGAUCAGCCUGGGGAGAAACCCAGAAAUGAACCAUGGGGCAUGUCAUUAUCACUUUUUGGCUAUCAAGUCUUUCCCUUUCCUCCCGAUAACACACUCUUCUCAAGGGUUGGAACUCUGUGACGUUCAAGGUAUACCUGGAGUUUGGGAGCUGAUUUUGGGUAUACAACAUCUGUCAACAGCAAAACUCUUCUGAGCAGAGGGGGUUCAGUAUAGGUGAAGAUGUUCUCAUUAAAAUGACUCCUCCCAGCGCUUGCCUCUGGAUUCACUCUGUCCUUGUUAUCACAUGCUGCUAAUACAGUC